UGGUUAAUUUAGGGGUUGAAGAUGUCAAAUUAUACACAAGAUAAAGAAACACACUGGAGAUGUGUCUGUGUAGAGUCAUAACGAACCAAACAAACCGGCGUGUGUUGUGGGUGGCUAACGGCGUUGAAUGUAAUAACGGCAACCUGCCCAACCCCAACCCAACCCAACCCGAUCUAUCUCCCUCUCUCCUCUCCUGUUUUCUCUCUCUCACACACAUGACAUGACGACAUGAUCAUCUGGGAUUUUCAUUAAUCUUCGUGAACUUAGGAGCAGGAGUCUUGUUCAUCUCCGGUCUUUAAUUUUCUUCACUUUCUCUCUGUUUCAAUUUCUUUGUUUCUUAUUUUUUUUAAUAAUUCUUUCGGCAGAUUAUUCCUCUCUCUCUCUCUCUCCCCCCCACACACACACACUCUCUCUCUCUCUCUCUCUCUCUCUCUCUCUCUCUCGACGGGGGGAGCGGACUGAGGGCGUGGGAAUCUCGCCGUUAAACGCAGAAAGACCUCCGCAGGGAAAAAAAGUAGAGAGAGAAAGACAGAAAACACACAGACACAAGGUGGAGAGAGAUAGAGAGAGAAAGAGAAGAAGGCAUCAAAGGAAGCUUUGGAGGUUCUUGCACGGCACAGAAACCUAGAUCCCUUCUCCAAAUCUCCUUUCUCCCUUGCCUUAUGCCGUAAUCCAUUCGAUUUAUCUCUUUCCCAUUUAAUCCUUUAAAUUCUCUCUCUCUCUCUCUAUCUCUCUCUGCAUCUCCAUUUCAUCUUCGGGAAUUCUCUCUUGAUCUCUUAUGUCGUUUUUAGUUUGAUAAAGCUCCAAAACAAUUUUACUUGUUAGAUCGGCUUUAGGUUUCACGGCUGUUGAUUUUCAACUCCAAGGCAGCUCUACUUGUUACAUAGAUCGGCUUUAGGAAGUUGGGUGGUUGAAUUGAAUUGGUGAAACCCCAAAGGAAAGAAUUUUGUGUUUGUAGCCUUUUGAGGGUUAAGCAUGCCAUCUGAACUAAUGGACUCACAUGGUUUGUCCCCAUCUUCGUUCUUAUCCGAAGAGGUGCAACAUCCUAAUGAGAGACAAACUGGGUUCAGGAAGACAGAUGGUAUGCCUGACAACUAUGGUCUAAAAGAUGGCAACGUAUAUGCAGUUGGUGACAGUUCGGUUGUGGAAAAACAAAAACAGAUGUCAUCUGAUUCUCAUAUGUUGAAGCGCUUUGAUGUCCCUAAUCUUUACCAUAGCCAAGACCAUAAUAAAGUUCAUAUUAGCUUAUUAGAGAAUAACACAGUGGGAGUGGGAGCAGGGAGAGCAGCUAGCCAUUCUUUGAGGAGAGCUGCUGAUAGUGAUAAAGGAAACAGAUCUAAUCUGAACAUGGAACAUAAAUCUUAUUAUCUUAAUGCUAUGGGUGAUCACUACGAGAAUGGCCUCUUUUCAAGUUCAUUAUCGGAUCUUUUCAGUAGAAAAUUGAGAUUAUCAGCAAAUAAUAAUAAUAAUAAUAAUAAUAAUAAUAAUGGUAUGUAUGGUCAUUCUGUUGGAGCUGCUGCCUCCCAGUAUGAAGAAGAGGAACCAUUUGAAUCUCUUGAAGAGAUUGAGGCCCAAACUAUCGGGAAUCUACUCCCAGAUGAUGAUGAUUUGCUCUCUGGGGUGACUGACGGGCUUGACCUUGACUGUAAAGUGCAGCAGCAACCAGGCAGUGGUGAUGAUGUGGAAGAAUUGGACUUUUUUAGCAGUGUUGGGGGGAUGGAGCUGGGAGAAGAUGGCGGACAAAGAAAUUAUGAAAUUUCUGGGGAACAACACCACCCCCAUGGAGAAAACCCAUCAAGAACACUAUUUGUGAGAAAUAUCAACAGCAAUGUGGAAGAUUCCGAGUUACGCAUCUUGUUCGAGCAAUAUGGUGAGAUCCGCACUCUGUACACAGCCUGCAAGCAUCGUGGGUUUGUGAUGAUAUCGUACUAUGAUAUAAGAGCAGCCCGACGAGCCAUGCAAGCUCUUCAGAACAAGCCAUUGAGGCGUAGAAAGCUUGACAUUCAUUACUCCAUUCCAAAGGACAACCUCUCGGACAAAGAUGUUAAUCAAGGCACUGUUGUGAUAUAUAACCUCGAUUCUAGUGUUUCUAAUGAUGAACUUGGCCGUAUUUUUGGCGUUUAUGGUGAGGUUAAGGAGAUCCGUGAAAAUCCACAAGGAAGUCGUCACAAGUCCAUAGAGUUUUAUGAUAUUAGAGCUGCAGAAGCUGCUUUAUGUGAAUUAAACAAGAGUGACAUUGGAGGAGGGAAACAGAUGAAGCUUGAACCCAGCUGUCCCGGUGGUUCUAAACGUCCAUUUCCCGAGCUGGAUCUUGAUGAAACUAGUGCGUUGUUGCAAAUGUGUAGCCCUCCUACUGAUUUCACAACAGAAAUAUCUGCACGACCAGGUUCACAUGUUCGAGUUAACAUGGACAAUGGAACUCGGUUGGGUGUUCAUUCUGCAACUGCUGCUGCCACUCAACUACUAGAUGUCGAACUCCAACAUCAACAUCAACAUCAACAUCAACAUCAACAUCAACAUCAACGUGGCAUCGGUAUUGGCAUCAUCCCCUCACUGAAAUAUGAUUUCAGGAGCACACCAAAUUACCACCCUCACUCACUUCCAGAGUAUCAAGAUGGCUUGACCAAUAACUUUCUAUGCAAUUCUCCUAGUACCAUGGCUGGCAGAAUGUCUGAAAGGGUGGCGGGGAACAGGCAGCAGCAGUUUAACAGAAUCGGUGGCGGUGGCUCAAUUGGACGCUCACUUGAACUUAAUGACACUGUGUUUGGCAGCUCUGCUGGGAAUGCUGCCACUCAUCCUUACAUGUGGAAUCCUUCUCCCUCUCCACAUAGCCAUAACAUGAUGUGGCCCAAUUCACCAUCUUUAAUGAACGGGGUUGGAAAUGCUCAUAGUGCUCCACUGGUGCAUGCUCUUCCCAGAGCACCAACUCAUGCCGCCAACACUUUUCUGCAUAUCAACAACCAGCAGCAGCAACAGCAGCAUGUGGGAUCCGCACCCUCUGUGAAUCCUUCUAUCUGGGAUAGACGCCACUCUUAUGCAGGGGAAUCCCCUGAGGCAUCAGUUUUCCAUCCAGGUUCUCUUGGGAAUAUGAAUAUGAGGGUUCCAGGUCUGGAUUUUGUGUCUCAUUCGCAUAAUAUGUUUCCUCCUCAUAUGGGUGACCUGCCAAUUCCAUCAAAAACCAUCCAUCAUCAGAAUAAUGUAAUGUUUCCUACUCGAGGACAACUGAUUCCUAUGAUGGGUUCGUUCGAUUCUUCUUCUUCUUCUGGUGACCGGGCUAGAAUCCGUAGAAAUGAAGCCACUUCAAAUCAAGCUGACACCAAGAAACAAUUUGAACUCGAUCUGGACCGUAUAAUGCGUGGGGAAGACAGAAGGACCACGCUCAUGAUCAAGAACAUCCCUAACAAGUACACUUCUAAAAUGCUGUUGGCUGCAAUUGAUGAACGCCACCGGGGAGCAUACGAUUUUAUCUACUUACCCAUUGAUUUCAAGAACAAAUGCAAUGUGGGUUAUGCGUUCAUCAACAUGACUGAGCCUUCCCUUAUUGUUCCGUUCUAUCAGGCGUUUAAUGGGAAGAAGUGGGAGAAGUUCAACAGUGAAAAGGUAGCAUCCCUUGCAUACGCUCGCAUACAGGGAAAAGCUGCACUGAUUGCCCACUUUCAGAAUUCAAGUUUGAUGAAUGAAGAUAAACGCUGUCGCCCAAUCCUUUUCCACACUGAAGGUCCAAAUGCAGGGGAUCAGGUGCCUUUUCCGAUGGGUGUUAAUGUUCGAUCUCGAGUCAACAAAAGCAGAAACAGCAGCACAAAUGAGGAUGCGGGAAAUGGUGAGGCCUCUUCAAAUGGCGGGGACUCAUCUUCAGGUUCCACAAAGGAUUUUGAGUGCUGAGAAAGCCCAAGGCUGCUGCUCCUUUUUGUCGUGCUUGCUAAAUGCUAACCUUCUUCUACUUCUACUUCUUCUAGAUAACAAACAACAAACAAACAAACAAACAAACAAACAACAUUACCAUAAUUAAUUGAAGCCAACCCACCUCAAAUUUUCUAAUGUACAUUGAGCCAUGGGUGGGCCCAGGAGGGAAGAGCAGCUUAAAACAAAUGACAUUCUUUUUCUGUACUUGUGGUGCUGACUGAGAUGAAGCUUCUAAAUUUUGGGUUGUUACUUGCAAGGAGAAGAGGCUUAUAGAUUUUGAUGAAUUAAGAGGAGGGUACCUACUGAUUUAUAGCAGUUGAUAGGCAGACCGGGGGAGGGGAUCACAUCAACAAAGCCUCUUAUGGUCUGAUAAAUCGAGUAUCCUGUUUUUUGACCCUAGAGCCCUCCCCUUUGCUUCUAUCAUUUCUGCUUCCUUUUUGUCCGUGUUCAUUUUUGCUUGACAUUUUUUGCAUUUUAUUUUGGAGAAGCUUGCAUGAAAUCCUUGUUUUUUUUUUAAUGAAGUUUUUGAACAUUUUGUAGUAUAUCAUGCUUGAUUUGUUUGCUGUUUUGGUUCUUGUUGAAAAUCAGGCAAAAUCGAAUAACAAUAUUAGGUUUUGAUCCCCA